ACCUCGUCCGCCGCUCUUUCCUCGCACUUGCUGUCCUGCUCGCUAUCUCUGCUCUCGUCCAGUCCUUCGCGCCGCAUCGCAUCUUCUCAUAAAGCCGCGCCAGCCGCGCCACGACUCGCAUCUCUCGCACUCUUCGCACCAUGUCCUCGUCCACUGCGCCGCUCUACUGGCAGGCCACGCCCGAGCAUGUCGCUGCGUCCAACAUCGACAAGUUCCGGCGGCUCGCCAACCAGCGUUUCGGCCUCAAGCUGAACACGUACGACGAGCUGCAUGCAUGGAGCGUGGCCGACGACACAUUCGAGGACUUUUGGAUGCUGCUCUGGUCCUACAUCGGCGUGCGCUGCUCGCAGCAGCCGCAGCGCGCCCUCUCCGACCCCAAGGCCAAGCCGGGCGACCUGCCGCGCUUCUUCCCCGGCGCGCGUCUGAGCCUCGCCGAGAACAUCCUCUUUCCCAUCCACCCGCAAAACGCCACGAGCUGCAAUGCGCAGUCGCCGCGCUCGUGGCCGCCAUCGAGCGAGCCGGCGCUCAUCGAGAUGAGCGAGGCGACGGAGCCAGAGGCGGGCAAGAAGGGCAGCAUCGGCACAAACGUGACUUGGGGCGAGCUGCGCGAUCGUGUGGCCGUCAUGGCCGAGGUGCUGCGGCGCAAGGGCAUCAAGAAGGGCGACCGCGUAGCACACGUCAGCGCCAACACCUCGCGGCCCAUUGUCGUGCUCCUGGCUGUGCUGUCCAUCGGCGCCAUCUUCUCAUCGAUUGCUACCGAUGCCGGUGCCACCGCUAUCUACUCGCGCCUCUCGCAGAUCCGGCCCAAGCUGCUCUUCACCGACGAGGAUGCCGUCUAUGCAGGCAAGCGAGUGGACCUUGUGGCGCGCGUCGAGGAGAUCGCAGAUCGCCUGCCGGACGUCGAGGUGGUCGUCUUCCGCAGCAGCUCCUCAGCCAAGCCGUUCAAGUGGACCGCGCGGACAGCCGCCACGUCGUACACCGAGUACGUUGCCUCCUCGGGCCUCAAGACCGGGCCCGGAGCCAAGGUGCCGCCGCAUCGCUUCGAGCCGCUCGACUUUGCCGAUCCAGCCUUGAUCGUCUUCUCCAGCGGCACGACGGGCGAGCCGAAGUCGAUCGUGCACGGCAGCGGAGGACUCAUCGUUUCGCUGAAGCGCGAAGCGCUGCUGCACUACGACCUCAAGCCGGGAUCCCGCUUCGCACAGCUGACAAGCACUGGAUGGAUCAUGCAUGUCCUUCAGCUUUCCGUGCUGCUCUCCGGCGGCUGCGCGAUUCUGUACGACGGCGCCUUCCUCUACCCCGAUGCUACGCACAUCCCCCGCUUGCUCGCAGCUCGCGGCGAUGUCAUGGGCUUUGGCUGCUCGCCGCGCUUCCUCAGCGAGCUGGAGCGGACAUGCAAGGCCAAGGGCUUCGUGCCGAGCCGCGAUCUCGACCUCAGCAGCCUCAAGAUCAUCACCUCGACCGGCGCUCCGCUCGGCGCUGCCAACGCCGCCUUUGUGUAUAAUUCUUUCGCUCCGAAGGCGCAGCUCUCGAGCAUCUCUGGCGGCACCGACAUCGCAGCUGCCUUCGUCGGUUCUGCCGUCAUGACGCCUGUCUAUGGCAACCUGAUCUGCGGCAAGGGUCUCGGCUUCGACAUUGGAAUCCUCGACCCGAUCUCUGGCGAGGACAUCGAGGCUACCGGCGAGGCGGGCGAGCUAGUGUGCCGCAAGCCGUUCCCGACGCAGCCGCUGAUGUUCUGGGGCGAGGCCAAGGACCGGGCCAAGCUGCACGAAAAGUACAUGGACAGCUACUACCGGCGCUACCCCGAGGGCAGCAUCGCCGGGAAGGUCUGGGCGCAGGGGGACUUCAUUCUGCGCGACAAGAAGACGGGCUGUCUGGACAUCUGCGGACGCAGCGAUGGCGUGCUGAACCCGUCUGGCGUGCGCUUUGGCUCUGCGGAGAUCUAUCAUGUGCUUGAAGGCUUCUCGCAGGUCGUGCUCGAUGCCAUCUGCGUGGGCCAGCGGCGGCCGAACAAGGACGACGACGAGCGCGUGCUGCUCUUCGUGCAGCUCGUCGACGGCGCCAAGCUCAGCGACACGCUCAAGCGCGACAUCAGCCAGGCGAUCCGCAAGGCCUACUCGCCGCGCCACGUGCCGGCACACAUCUUUCAGGUCGAUGGCAUUCCAGUCACGGCCAAUGGAAAGAAGACGGAGCUCGCUGUCAAGCAGAUCGUUUGCGGCAACGUCGCCUUCAAGCCCUCGACCGCGACAGCAAAUCCGCAUGUGCUGGACCAGUACCGGCAAUACGCGGACUUGGAGCAGGUGCUGGCCAAGCAGCCGGGAGGGGCCAAGCUGUGAUGUAUGUGUUCUUUGCGAAUGCCGAGCGCCCCUGUGGGUCACCCUCCAUGUGUCACAUUGCGCCCCGCUCGCGGGCUGCUCGAGCGAAACUCUCAAUCAAGGCUCCUCUUGGCUAAGGCCCUGGCUGCUGCGCCGCACCGCUGCGGCUUUGCGCCGACAGGGGAGCAGGAGGAGCGCUCCUAGUGCAGCCCCUCUGCGCCUUGCAGACCCUUUACCGGCGAUCGGCGGCUGCCCGGAGAGGAGGUGUGGCGCGGACAGGAGCCCAGCAGCCGCAGUCGUCGCUGCUGCCCGGACGCGCGAGCCGCUGCAUCUGUCUCUUCGCGCAUGG